AUGAGAAACCGAAGGGAAGAAAAAGAACACACCUUCGAUUUGCUCGAGAACCUUGAAACGGAUCAGCGCUGCGGAGAUGCUGAAGAGUCUUGGAUUCCGACACCUGGCGGCGAGCGAGUGGGACGGUUGCCUAUUGGUUGUGCGGGGGUGAGCAGCGUGGAGCAUAAGAUGGGACAGGGCGGAGAGAUUGUCGAGUCUGUGUAUCGUAUGUGCACAGCGGAGAAACGGAGAAAUGGGUGA